AUGUUUUCGUGUCUGGCAUCGCUGCGCAACUGUGGACUGCGGCAGGCAGUGCAGGCAUUUCAUGGCGUGCGGACGCUGGCCACGGUACGCAAGACCGUCAAGCCGUUGACGUCCCGGAAGACACUGCUGAUCGACCAGUAUAAGCAACUGAUGGAGGCCAACCCACUUGCAGUGUUUCUGCACUAUAACAACUUGUUGAAGACCGAGGAUGCGCACUUCCGCGGCGAGAUACAGAAGCUUGGCGGCCGCCUGACCGUUGUUCGCAACCGUUUGUUCCAAGUGUACCUGCGCAAAAGCCGCCAGCCAGACCCCGCUGCAUACGUUCACCCUCGUGAGCAGGACUGGGCGCACCCACUGCUGCCACUGUUCAAGGGUCCUACCGCGGUGGUUACCUUUCCUGAGACAGACCCGCAGGCUGUCUCCAAGCUGCUGAAGCUGCUGGAGCGCGCGCAGGACAAGAUGUUCGUCGUCGGCGCCAAGGCCGAGUCCGAGGUCUUUGAUGUCGCGCGCCUGAACGACUUCAAACAGCUGCCUUCCAAGACAACGUUACAAUCGCAACUGUUGGGCGUCUUACACGUUCUUAGCGGCGCGGGUCUGGUACGCACGCUGGAGAGCGGAUCUCAGACCCUUUACAUGACGCUAAAGGGACACGAGAAGCAACUGCAAGAGCCAGAAGACAGCACUGCUGCGGAGAAGUGA